AUUUUAUUAACAAAAUUUUGUAUUCGUAAAACUAAAUUCAGUAAUAAAACUCUUAAUUUAUUUGAAUUGAUGACCAAAUUAGAGAUUAUAUAGACACUAUUUCUUACAAUACUAAUAAAAUAGGAAUUAAUUGAUUAAUUAAUUAAUUAUCUGAUUUAUCUUUAUACAUGACAUUUGAUUCAAUAAAGUUUAUUUUUAUUGCUUUUGUAUAAAAUAAAAAAAAUGUUUUUUUUUUAAAAUGUAUUCAUGUUCUUUACUUUAUGUCAUCUACAUGUUCUGUACAAAAAUAAUAAUUGUAUUAUUUUUUUGUUGUCGUUGAUAUAAUUAUUAUAAAUCAUUAAAAAAUAAUUAAAUAAAUUCCCAUCCUACAAUAAAUAAUGUACAUAAUUUUAAAAAGUGAUAUUAGCAAAAACAUAUAAAAUUCUAGUCUGAAAGUUUUUUCUUAAGAAACAAAAAAAGAUUAAAUAUUGUCAGGAAUUCUUUCAACGAAUAUCAAAUAAAAUAUUAUUUACUUGGCUUUUUUAAUUAGUUUUACAACACAAAGUGCCCAAGAAAAUUAAAUUCACCUUCUCACACACAAUAACUUAAAAAUAGGAACAUAGCAGGAACGAUUCUAGAAGACAAUCAAAGUGCAGGAGAAACUGUAGCAAAAAAAAAAAAAAAAAAAUAGAAAUUAAAAUAAAUUAAACUUUCAAUAAAACAUCAAAGCUUAAAUAAAUGUUCUGAUCAUGAAAAUAUUCCUAAAUGAAGAGAAGAGAAAAAUAAUUUGAGGUAGCCUAUUUACUAACUAAAAAAUAAAGAGCACAAAUAAUAUAUAUUUUAAAAGUCUAUUCAAAGUAUGAUCAAUCUAAAAAUAACAAACAGGUCUUUAGUCUCUUUUUAAAAGUCUUCAGGGAGCCUAUAAUACAGAAAAGGCCUCACCCUGGGAGCGAUUCUUUAAUCUGUACACUGGCCUCAACAUGACGAUUUGAAGACUCGUUAAAACUAAAGGAAUUCAGUUUAAAAAAUUAAAAAAAUAAAAUCCAUAGUUACUCCUUUCAAGAGGUCUGUUUUAUUUCUUUCAAGGGACUCCAGAUAGAAAUUAGGCUAUAAUCUGCCAUAUUUACAUUUCUUUUAGUGUUCAUUAAUAUGCAUUGUCCCUUUCUCAAUAAAGUUAAUGAUCAGACUGACGUGCACCAACCAAAAUGACGAAAAUCCCAGCUGUUUACCUGUUUUUCAUGUGCACUUGCACUCGUUGCAUUAAUAAAAUCAUCUAUUUCUGGAUAAAACAAAGAUCUGCUGAAUUUGAUAUCGAGUCAACAAAAUCAACAAGUCUUUCAGCUUUAAAAUGGAUGGUCAAAUUUCUGAUUCCAUCAGGUUUUUCAUUUUAACAUUUUCUAAAAGAAUAUUUUUGGAGAUUUUAUCGGAGCAUCAAUGUCUUCACACCUAAACUAAAGACAGAAUAUGAAGAUGACAAAGACAGAUGAAGGUCAUCCUUCCUCACACACAUUCUGUUGUUGUUUCCAGAAUUUGUCCAGUUGUGUUUCUUCAUAAAAAGCAGGAGAAACUUUGCUUCAGCAAACAUCUCGCUUGCCUGCGCACCCUUGACUCCUGCUGCAAAUGCUGCAUUAGAAUAGGUGCCACAUCGUGGAGGGAGCUGCUUUACCUGUUUGUGCACAAAGUACAAAUCAGAAGAAGCUGAGUGAUGUCUCCACACAGGAGAGAAUGAUGCCAGAGCUUAGCUGACAUUCUGUUUGGAGAUUUAAAGCCAGAGAUGACGCGCUGCAGCGAGCAAGACGAGCAUGCAGAUGAAGCCAACAAACUGCAGAAGAGGAGAAGCAAAAGUGGAAAACAUGUGUCCUUCCCCCCCGAUGAGCAGAUUGUGUCCAGCUUUGUUGAGGACAGAGACAGAGCAAGUGAGCACUGUGUCACCAUGGAGGAGGUGCUGGAGGCCUACCAGCAGAGCUGCAGCAAACACCAAGUCCAACCCAAGGAGAGAAUCCUGCAGCAGCUGCAGCAGGGGGGGUGUGUAGGUGGCAGCGUGGAACGCCUGGAUCUGAAAGGUGAGCGAUUAGACCACCGCUCCUGUGAAGCUCUGGAAGCCGUCCUGAAAUCGUUGCACUUUGAUUUCAUCAAUCUGCAGGCAGCCCAACUGGAGGAAAAUGGAGCGUCGUCCUUGCUGGAUAUGAUUUUGUACUACGAAUCGACAACAUAUCUUGACGUUUCUGACAACACCAGCAUGGGAACAUCGGCUUGGAGGGCCCUCGCUCAUUUAAUAAAGCAGAGUGUGCGUCUGUCCCGGCUGGACGUGUGUAACGUGAGUCUGGUCGACUACCCGGCCCGGUCUCUUUCCAAGGCUCUGCUGACCAGCCGGCUCUCAGUGCUGCACCUUCACAACGCCCAGCUCAGCGGCACGCCACUGUUUACGCUGGUCGGUGCGUUAAAAAAUAACCGAGCCUUGCGAGAACUUCACCUCUCGGACAACCUGCUGAACAGCUACCAGGAUGCCAUGCAGCUGGGAGACCUGCUGCGCUUCAACACCACCCUCCAUACUCUGGGGCUUAGCAACAACAUAGUUGCAGAUGCUGGGUUGGAGGAGCUGUGUGACGGCCUGUCCAGACAGACAGAAGGUCUGAAGGUUCUGCAGCUGCGCAACAACCACCUGACUGAGAGCGGCAUGGAGCACCUGGCCAAAGUUUUGCCAGGGCUGAAGGUCCUGCAGGUCCUGGACUUGGGGGAGAACUCCCUGGGGAACGAGGGUAUCCAGGUGAUCAGGGAGCCCCUGAUUGCAAACAAUAAGUUGAAGGAGCUUGGCCUGGCACGAACAAGCAUCACCUGUGAAGGCGCCGUGGCGUUGGCUGAAUUCAUCGCAGAGAGUCGUCACAUCCACAAACUGGAUCUCCGUCAGAAUCAGGUGAGACUCGGAGGUCUGAUGGCCCUGAGUCUGUCCCUGAGGAUCAACCGCUCUCUGGCUUUCCUGGAUGUGGAUCCAGUUCCUCCAGAGGAACAGGACGAGUUCCUGGUGGAGAUGCAGAUGAAGCUUCAGGGAGAGAUCACGCAGCGCUGCCUCGCUAACGCCAGCCGCCUCGGCCUCCCAACGGAGACGAACUCUGAGACCUGAGAGGAACGGCUGGUAGACUCGCACUCGGGAAGAAGCUCAGGACAUCUCAGAGAAAAUAUUAUCACUAUAUAAACAUGAUUAGGGGCGGGGCAGUUCCCACAGCUCAACCUGAGAACUUCACCUCAGCUGAGAACCUUUUGAGACCUUUGAAAAACCACAUUUUGUCAACUUUCUUUACAGAUUUCCUCAAAUUUCUUUUUGUUUCAAUGUAAACAGGAUGUCCUGCAAUUUGGUUCAAGAAUCUCUAAGAAAUUCCAUGAAGUUCAGGUAUAAAUACUAUGUAAAGACGAUCAAUAAAAAUAUAAAUCAGUUA